CGGGCGACUGGAGUGGGGCGGCGGCGGCGUUGCAGUCUGUUGUAGCUGGAGGAUUUUGAGGACGCACCCGGUCAUCGCACCAGGGAGGAACUGGAGAAAGAAAAUGAUAAAGGAAUGGAACUCGUAAGCAAAGGGCUCUGUUUGAUACAAUGGGCAUAUUUUGGCAUAGCCCACGUCGAUCCAGGUAGGCAGACACGAUGAUGCAGACGUGGAACCUCAAGUACAAUGUGGUGCACAGCACACACGUGGUGGGCAGCCACUCGUCGCCCCCUCCGUAAGAACGACAUCAUCACAGUAUAGCCACCCCGGAAAGCUCAGGACGGCGUCGCGCGGCGUCGAUCCGUACAGGUCAGUCGGCGCUCGUACAAAAGUUUAAGUUGGCCGCUCGAGAAGUAAAUUGACCCCGUACAACCAACUCAUACUCGCGGGUAUAAAAGCUAACCCUCCCUAAUCAGGAAGAUGAGGCACUUCGAACACUCAACUCUCUCUCAUUCCACCAAAAGCUAACUUAAGCUUCGGAGGGGUUGAGUCGGGAAAUCCCUCUCCCAAUCCCGACUUGUGUGCAGGAGCUCAACGAUGGAGAAGCAGGCCACUCGUCAAGAGAGAAGACCAUGCUCAGGGGACGAGGCUCGAACCCUACCCAUCCCGACGCUCACCCUCACCACUCGAGCAUCCACGUGGGCGACCUUGUGCAUCCAGGACCGGACCGAGCCGUGCUGACACCUCGGCCACAACGUAAAGUCAUGGAAGCAGUCUUGGAAUUCUUUUGUACAGCAUCCAGUAUCCAUUCUCAAACAAUUAAAGUUUCCACAUCAUUGUCCUUAUUGGAAGAUAUGGUCAGCACAGUAUGAAGGAAUGGUAGGUGAGCUGCCAUGGUUGCCAUUCAAAGGUCCUUGGAAUAAAUCUUCUCCAAAUCAAUUCAACAGCAUUUAUGCUGUUGUAGAAACCAGCCAAUGACCUUGUGCAUCAUGAACCAGAAAGGGCUUGACACCAAGCCCCAUCCCUUGAAGUUGGACGACAUACAAUUAGGUUGUAACUGGGAAAAUGUGACUUGCCCAAUCUGUUUGGAUUUCCCUCACAACGGGGUCCUACUCCAAUGCUCUUCUUAUGACAAGGGAUGUCGUCCUUUCAUGUGUGACACUGACCAAGCCCAUUCGAAUUGUCUCGAGCGGUUCAAAAGUGCAUACGGAGUGCCUCUUGUUGUAAAAGUCACAACAACUACAGAUGGAGUUUCCAUGGUUUGCAUUCAAGACAUUUCUUCAAACUCCACUAACCCACCAGCCUGCCCACUAUGUAGAGGUGAUGUUACUGGGUGGGUUGUUAUUGAUGAGGUCCGUGUUUAUCUGAACAUGAAGAAACGGUGCUGCGAAGAGAAGCAGUGUUCAUAUAUUGGCAACUUCACUGAGCUGCAGAAGCAUGCUCAGCUAAAACACCCCCAUUCACGCCCUUCAGAAAUAGAUCCUGCACAACAACUCGACUGGGAAAAUUUUCAGCAGUCGUCAGAGAUCAUAGAUGUCUUGAGCACUAUACACGCAGAAGUUCCCCACGGAGUGGUUUUAGGUGACUAUGUCAUCGAGUAUGGUGAUGCAGAGACUGGAGAUGAGCAUGAAGAUUUUCCUCGGAGUAGGGGUAACUGGUGGACCUCUUGCAUAUCUUGUAAGGUAUUUCAUAGGGGUUCAAGAAACCAGCACAGAUCAAGAAGGAGCAGAAGAAGUGGUCACCAUUCAAGCUCUGAUGGUUCAAAUAAUGGUGAGGGUUCUAGAAGAUCUUCAGAGAUCAGAGAGUACAGAUUUGUUGAAGCUGAUGAUGAGCUUGCCAGAACAGGUGUUGGUGCUGCAGCGUCCAUUGUGAUCCCCACCCACUACAGAUAUGGGAGGCGCAGAUCUCACUUCUACGAUCUUUGACUGCCAAGAACCAACAAUAGCUAGUCUAUCAGCCAGGGGCAUCUUUGCAGCUUCAUACAGCUUAGUUCCACUUUCUUCAUAGAGGUUGCCUGAUGACAAUUAAUCUGUUCAUAUAAAUAGUUACGGUAUAUGUUUCAUCAUGCAUUCCUUGCCGAAAUCCAAGAGUCCAUCAAUUUUCUCUCUUCUUUGUUAUGCAAGCCUAAAUUUUGUUGUCUUUAGCAACAAAGAGUGGUGUGAGUCAUGGGCUUGUUUGUUUAAUUUGCUUUGAUUCUGAAGAUAGAAAAGGUCACCAUGCUUCUGCUUUUGGUUGGUGCUGAGUCCAACUCUAUUACAAGCGCGAACAGAGUUGGAGUGGAAUGCAAAGUUUUGUGGAUUGAGAAUGUUAUGUUCCUCUGAUGUUUUGUUACUGUAGUCUUGUCUGUGGAAUUUGGUGCA